CCGGACAGCGACACCGCAGCUGUUUGUUUUGGAACCAUGACUGAAGAUGACGGAUUCAGUUGUCGUGGAGGGAUAUGUCAAAUUCAGAGAUGGAAAAAAGUGGAAGGAUAGGUGGGUCGCACUCCGCAAGCCAUCGCCGGUAGCAGACUGCUUGGUACUUCUGGUCUACAAAGACAAGUCGGAUAAAGCCCAGGGCCACCGGGAGAGGGUCAGUGUCACCUUGGAGGACAUCUGUGGUCUGGAGAUAGGUCUCUCCUAUGAGGGGGUGGGCUACACGCUGGUCAUCAUCUGCCUGGGCCAGGUUGUCAUGCUGGGCUUCGACGGAAAGGAGGCUCUGCUGGCCUGGGACAUCCGCAUCCGCUACAGUCUGGGGGAAGUCCACAGGUUUAGCGUUGGUAUCUUACCAGGCACCAUGUUGGAGAGCGGGCCUGCGACCCUUCACUUGUGUAACAACCUAUUGGUCCUGGUCAGGGACAUUCUCCCCGUUAUCAUCGGCCAGUGGAAUCUUCCAGACCUGCGCAGAUAUGGGCCUGUACCAAACGGCUUCGUCUUUGAGGGGGGGACGCGAUGCGGCUACUGGGCUGGCGUCUUCUUCCUAUCAUCCGUGGAGGGUGAGCAGAUCAGCUUUCUGUUCGACUGCAUCGUCAGAGGCAUCUCCCCCAGCAGAGGCCCUUUUGGACUUCGGCCAGUCCUGUCAGACACAGCCUACUCUGACGCUGUCGCUAACCAGGCCUACUCUGAUAAGAGGGUGAACCAUGAGGCCCAGGAGUUGGAGAAACGACUCAACAUGCUGUCUCACCAGAGCAGCACAGCUUCCUCCACAUAUGGUCUGUCUGUGGCGGGAGACAUCUGCAGCAUAUCAGGCUCCUCUCACACCUCCGACACCAGCCAAUCAGACUCCAUCGUCGGCAGCCGGCUGGCCAUUUGGACUGAGCCUGUCACAGCAAGCUCUACCCGCACAGAGACCAUCGUUGGCCAGUUACAGGCCAAGGAGAAACCGUCCAUCAGCCUGGUGGGUGGAGCCCGUGUAGUAGCCAAGACCCCUCGGUCCCGGCAGCUGCAGGAGAUUGGUCGCCAGAGCUCGUCCGACAGCGGCAUCGCCACAGGAAGCCACUCCUCGUACUCUGGGAGUUUCUCCUCCUACUUGGGUAGCCUGGACUAUGUCUCCCUGCUUAGCCUGCCCCCUCACCUGUCUCUAGACCUGGCCCCCUGUACCUGUCCCCAUGCACCAGGACAUGAGUACCAGGUACCCACCUCACCGAGGUACAUCUAUGACACCCCCCGAACUCUACUGCAGGGGGGAACAGGAGGGGCCAGGGGGCAGGAUAUCUCCACAACACCUAUGGACCAGGUGGCCAGUUCACCCCCAUUAUGUGAGUCAUCACAGGGGGGGAAAGAUGCUCCUCUCGGGGGUCUCUCGGACAAUGUUGCCAGGCGCUCCACCACAGAGCUUCUGCAGAGCCACUCUGAGGAGAGCAAAAGAAGGGUGGCGCCCCCUAGUGACAGUCAACACCCAGAGUCCUGUCAGAUCUGCAGUAGUUCCCAACCCACUGCCUCCAAAACCCUCCUCACUAUCUGCCCCACCUGUGGAGGAUUCAAGGGGAACCCGCUCUCCUCCACAGUGGGCUCGGCAAUGCCAGCCAUACCAGACAAGAAGCUGAAAAGUAAGGAGGAGAGGAGCAAAGUUGAGUAUGAUACCAUGGAUAGCUGGGCGUUGGAGAAGAGUUCAGAGCCAGAGGAGAAAAGCAAGUAUGAGCUGGUGGGCAGUUGUGGACAACAACGGUUCCUUCAUGAGACUGAAGGGGCCAAGUUUGUGUUUCCGCCAGACAUGGUGGCUCCAGAAAGACCCCGCGGUGAUGGUGUGACAUACAUCAAUAUUCCCAUCAGCCCCAUGUCUAAGAAACAGCUGAACUACAUGGAGCUGGAGCAUCAGGAGCAUGCUGGGGUCAGGGGGACUGGUCAACACCUUCCAGGACAGAUUGGAGAUUGCUCCCGAUCUUUCCGAGUGACAACUGAGCCACCGUCAUCAGCGUGGUCUAAUCGGCAAAAAAGUCAACCUUUAACAUCAUUACUCUCCGGGAAUAUGAGGGACAGUCUUGGUCAACGCGAGAAAGGGAAAAGUUCCUCUAAAUAUGCCCUGAUCGACAUCACUGCUACGGAUGCCGCCCACAAAACGGGUACCCAGCAUGCCUUGGGGAGAGAGGAGGGUCUUCACACCCUGGAGCAGAGGAGGAGGGUAGUACCACAGUGACAUCCUAACUCCAAUCUUGACCUCCACAGGGCAUAUGACUGGCCUAGACUAGGCUGUUGUAUAGAAUUCAUCAGAAACAUGGAUUUCCUGGGACGCCUCAAAUUGCCGUGAUGUCAAACUCCUCUGAGAUCUGCCAGAUUUGAUAUCUUUAACACCGAUUGUUGACAGCUUCCAUUGAAUUUUGUCCCAAUUACUGGGCUCUUCCGGGGAAGGCUAACCCCAAGAAUCACGCCUUCUGCCCUCAGUGUGAAUUAUACCAACAGUAGGCCUACAGCACUGACGCUUCACAAUCAUCACGAAAGCAACAUGAAAUCAGACUCUAAGGAAAAAAACAAAAGUUGCUGCUUGGAUGGAAGGGAACAUUUCAAUCAAGGCUCUCUUUAGCUGUGUUCACAUUGGCAGUUUAAAGUGACUCAAAUCCUAUUUAUUUGCAUUUCUGAUUUGCAUCUGCUCUUUUUCCUGCAGACUGACCAGUUCAAAAGCACAUGUAAUCGGACAUUUCAACCUACAUUUCAAACCACAUUCUUAGGUGGUUUGAAGAGAUACAAAUCUGAUUCCUGGCCAUGUAAAUUGUGGCUAAACUGUCAAAUAUGAAUUAUUUGCCCUCAAGGGGUUUUUAGACUGUUAUUCGGCAUAUCUUGUUGCUUGCUAGCUGCUCUGUUGGCAGUUUGACGUGAACAUGCGGUAGCUAACUAGCUUGUUAAUUGUUUACCAACAAAUGUGUGACUGUGCUAGAAAGCUAAACAGCUACCUAGCUAACUAGCCAAAAUAGACUGUAUCAUUUUAAAAGUGUUCUUACACUAUGAUUUUGAACAUUCAAAGCAACUGGGAAAUGUCCAUGGCAGGCAUUGUUGCCACCUUGUCUUGCUACCUAACCUCUGAGGGAUCGGAUGCACAAGCACCACCACCAAUCAGCCUACAACACUGCACACACAUCUGUCAUUACUACUAGCAUAGCUUUGUCAGCAAAUGGUGUCAGAACACACUAAUCCGAUUUUGUCACUUGUAACUUGCUGUUUGGACAUUCAGUACUGAUUUUAGCAAUAAGGCCUGCAGUGUGAACAAGGCUUUUGUAUAUUCAGAAAUCUCAUUAGAAGACAUUAUGUCACUGUCACAGCCCGGGCAGACUUGGGUGGAGUGGGGGGCUGAAAGUGCCAGUCUUAGGGGGAGUCAUUACCCGGACGAGCAGUGGGUUUUUCAGUCUUACCAGUGCCACCCCUAAUCUGAUACAAUACGAUUAGAAUCUCAUUUGGGGAAGAUGAGGGAGAUUAAAAAAUGAAGAGCGUCCCCCUCCAUAACUCCUCUCUGAUUAUCAUUGUAUUAAUUCUAGAGCGGUUAGUUGUACAAAAGACUUGAUUGAGGCCUUUUGAUAGAGGCUAGUUCAGCACAGGGCCGGGAAGAUAAUGGAUAAUCAGUCUCUAUUUGUCCUGUACAUUACAUGCAGUCUUACUCAUUCAGAACGCUCACCACGCUUUUUAGAAACUUUGUGAAGCUAAUGCAACAAAGUGGGCAUAGAAGCUGCGGCGGUCUUUGUAUACCGAUGAGAACAACACAAUUAAAUCCUCAUUAAUGGCUUCUGAUGACUCAGCCCAGGCUUGUUAUUGUUCUUUGUUGUCUAAAUGAACUUUGUUUGGCUUGAGUGCGGCUAAUUGCCCACUGUUGACCACAUAUGUAGAGUUCAUUUCUAGGUGCUCUCCAUUUGUUUUUCAGCUUUCACGGUUCACGUGGCUUCGCUGAGGGACAGACAGAGCUUUAGCAACACACACCCUAUAAAUAAUUCAGAACAUGUCGAAAGAAAAUUCAUAGGAUUUUUUUUCAGCUUUGCAGAAAUGAAAAAUGUAAAACAAUAUCCCGGAAAUGUUUUUCAAAAGAGCCUUUGGCCCCCAUUAUGCACACAUACAUUUUUGAAAUAGAUAAUUUAAGACAGGAGUUCCUUUGUAUAUUUUACCUUAGAGGGAUAUAAAUUGCUUCUUGUCCGUAUUCCCUACUGUUUGUUGAAAGUUUCACCGAUAGGAAAAGAUUCUACCAUAGUAUUUACUACAUCAUUCUGUAGUAAACUGUAGUAUACUAUAUUGCACACUGUAGUAUCCUUCGAUUGUGUAGUGCUUCCAAUAUAAUUGUAAACACAAGUAUACGACUAAAUUAUAUAGUAACUAUACUACACACUGUAGUAUCCCUUGCUCAUGUGUAGUACUUACUAUAUAUUUUAGCAGCAUACUGGAGAAUACAAUGCCACAUCCUGUAGCAUCCCUCGAUCAUGGGUAGUACUUACUAUAGAAUUUUGUAAUAUACUGUAGAAUUCUAUAGUAAAUACUACAAAAAUAUCCGCAAAAAAACACUUAAGUAAAUACAACAGUAAUGUACGCCUAAACACUACAGUGCCCUCAAAAACACUACAGUUUUUAAACAAUAGUCAUACUCCUAUAUUUAAUUUGCAUAUACUCCACCCAUUCCCAUCCCUCAUAUCCUAAUUUGUGCCACCCAUGAGUGAGAAACCUACAUGCCAAGUAUAGAUUGGCAUUUUUAAAAUCUAAAUCCUGGUGGAAUGGGGGAACUCCCCCAAAAAUGUUUGUUUACAUGCCAGCAAAAUACAAAAACAACACAAUAAGGUGCCCACAAACUGUUAGUGCCUACAUAAAGUUGUCCAAACAGCAGAGCUUUCUUUACAGAACCAUGGAGUGAAUCCUUACCACCCCUACACCUGGCUAUCAGCGGAGCCUUCUCUGGCAGCGAAACAGUUCAUUCAGCCUCAUUUACUGCCUUUUAAAAAACAUAGCUGAUAUGGCUGACUUGCUUAAACAAAUGUGGUUUCUACUGACAUUUGAGAUGUACAAACCAUGGCAUAAGGGGACGAUGAGUGGAUAGGAGGUGAUCCGUAAUUUUGAUUAGUACAUUAAUGAGCGAGUCAGGAUGGAUGUAGUCAAUAAAACUAUUUACUCAGCACUUUUGAAAUGUACAGCAACAUAAUUCAGAAAAUAGGCGGUUUUUACCAUAUUCACCCUGUACACCAAGUCAGAACCAUAGGAUAGAUAAAUGGGGCAUAUAAGCAGAUAAUGAACGCUCUUACAAUAUUAGAUGACAUUUCUCUUAAACAGGCUAUCGGCUACAUGUGCAGCACCAACAACUAACUGCUUACUUAGUAAUGAUUUCUUGGCUACAGUAUACAUAUCUCCCUGGCAUAUUACAUCAUUUUUGCAGCAGCAUACAAUACAUUUUUGGAUUCACUUGAACAGGAAGGUGGUGCGGCGGUCUUUCGUCAUCAGAGUCUGGAAUUCUCUGAAUUUAUGGUGCACACACCAACUCCACUGAAUAGCAGGCUAGUGAUUGCUUUGCAACUCUUGAAGUUAAACACAGAUUCCUCCACUCAUUGAGUAAUGUUUAUGUCCAAUGGCCGAUGAGCACCGAUACGUUUAAUCUAUAAUUUCUCUUCAUAUGAGAAGGACUGCAAGCUUGCUAUCUAAGAUUUUGAAAGUACAAUGUUGACAUGAUCAGUCCAAUCAAAGCUACGGUAGCUAUAUCGUGAUUAGACAUUAUUUCAUCUGUGGUCAGGUGUUUGAAUUUCCAAGCUCUCUGCCUAGAUUUAGGUGGAAAUCAUGUAAUAACAAAAAAAGUGUUUAACAAAUCAAAAUAUAUUUUAUAUUUGAGAUUCUUCAAAGUAGCCACCCUUUGCCUUGAUGACAGCUUUGCACUCUCUUGGCAUUCUCUC